UUUAACACCGUAAUAUAAGCAAAUGACGUUAAGAAGCGUACGUUGUAAUCAUUCGUAUAAGUGCUAUAUGCUGUCAUGUUGUGUAUGGUGUAUUUUUUCUUGUGUUUGUUGUUGGAAGGUAAUGUUGUCAGUUCGAAGAAUUUUUGUCCUAAUACUAAAACGCCGAUAAAUUUUAUAAGGAAAAGGAGACACCUGGCGUUUCCAGAUGGAAGUAACGCAGCGAUAACUAUAUCAGGGGCAAAGUCGUUUCUAACUCACGCUCCAUCCGGGUGGAUGAUGACCACAGAUCUGGAUGUUCUGUAUCCACUUCCGGACCAGAAGUUUGUUGUGGCUCACUCCAGGAGGAAGCUGCAUCACCGUCAGAAAAGACAUCUCUGGAAGACUUUGCAGACUGCAUUAGAUUUUCAUAAUUACAAUGGACGCGCUUGCAUCUUAAAAAGUAUAUGUGAGGCGAAGCAACAUUUAGCACCGCCUGGCAAAUCUUUGGUCCAUGACAUGCUGCGAGCUGUAUUUACUUCACCAUCGUUUGAAGAAGAAUUCAGAGAAGAAGUGAAAGAUUCCUAUUCGGAGUUACUCGAUCCGAAUUUCUGUGAUGCCUUCUACGAAUGCCCCAUAUCAUUCGUACAGAUGAUGUUAGCAUUCAAUCAUCCAAGUAAAUCUCCUAAUAUUGUGUCUAGAGAACAUAGUUUUAAUUAUUUUUGAUAAUUAAUAGAUAGUUUAAUUAAAAUUUUAGUCAAUUUUUUU